AUUGCAGACACCUGGUGUGAACACAUAGAGCAUGUCCUGCUUUCAUUUACGACGGAGGAUGUUUCUUAACUCCGACGAAGCUAACACAGUCAAGAAAGAAAAGAAAAGAAAGAAAGAAAGAUAGAUAGAUAGAUAGAUAGGAAGGAAGGAAGGAAGGAAGGAAGAUAGGAAGAUAGGAAGAUGUUUCUCCAGCUACAAGCUAGCGAGAAGUUUCUAGACCUGCAUUUGAGAACCGGUCUUCACGACUGGGACAUGAACGAGGAGAUUAACUUGACCACGACAACAGACCAGUUUUAUCAGGAUGAGAUGAGGAAUGAGCAGUAUUUGGCGCAGUGGCAUUACGCCAGAAUCUCAAGAAGAACUUUACCAGAAGAGCUUCAUCAGCCAAACAUUACUGACUGCAAAGAAUCUGUAACGCAGCCAAAUCUGUGGUUGAUGGUGAACCCUUGUUUGGCCUGCCCCAUCAAAUACCCUGUUAGAGACAAAAUGCCAUCGCUUCCAAAACUAACAAUAGACAGAUCUGCGUCAGGUCCUGCCCUGGAUGUGCCUGGACAAAACCUGCACCUGCUGUCGUUGUCUGAUGAAACCUGUCUGGAUGAAUCGCUGCGUGACGCGUCUCUCUUGAGUGAAUAUCAGCUCACAGAUGAUGACGCAUCCUCGGAGGACGUGGCAAUCUGCCGUAAGGUGAAAGGUACCCGGAGGGGUCGAGCCCCAAAGGGGCCGUCUUCACGCAGGCUAGGCCUGGCUCAAAGCAGGAGGCUGCAGAGAGUCCUGCAGGACAGCCACAACUUGAAGAGCGGUGCCUGGCCUCGUCCGCCCGUCAACUACUGUAUCCUCAUAGCCAUGGCGCUGAGCAGCAGUCGCUCUGGCAGUCUGAACGUACAGCAAAUCUACAACUUUGCCAGGGAGCACUUCCCUUUCUUCCUAACGGCGCCCGAAGGCUGGAAAAACACCAUCCGCCACAACCUGUGUUUCAGCACCAGCUUCAGAAAGACACCGCAGCAGGUGACCGGCGACGGGAAGAGGAAGUCCUGCCUGUGGCACCUGACGCUGGAUGGUCGGAGAAGACUGAGGAACGAAAUCCACACGCUCACAGCAGACUCGUUCCGGAUGCUGAAGAGGAGCAUGAACUACCCAGAUAUGAUUCAGGCGCUGUUUGAGUUGUAAUCUGGCUCAGGAGCCUGGAGGAUUGAAAAGAAGAAUGAAUUUGUGCACAUUUGCUUGUGGUCAUUGUAUGCACUACAGCUUUUCUUGAACAUUUACGGUGUGUGUGUGUGCGCAAAUUUUUCUGAUUUGCCGUGUCACAUUUAUGCUUUAUAUAAAGUCUCUUGGUUUUUUUGUUUUGGUUUUGGAAAUAAAUAUACUAUUAUCUGCAU